AUGGACGAGAUGCUGCUGCUGGCGCGGUGUCUGCUGGUGGUUCUGGUCUCCUCGCUACUGAUGUGCUCGGGGCUGGCGUGCGGACCAGGAAGGGGAUUUGGGAAGAGGCGGCACCCCAAAAAGCUGACCCCUUUAGCCUACAAGCAGUUUAUCCCCAACGUGGCGGAGAAGACCCUAGGGGCCAGCGGAAGAUAUGAAGGGAAGAUCUCGAGAAACUCCGAGCGAUUUAAGGAACUCACCCCCAAUUACAACCCCGACAUCAUAUUUAAGGAUGAGGAAAACACAGGAGCAGACAGGCUGAUGACUCAGAGGUGUAAGGACAAGUUGAACGCUCUGGCCAUCUCAGUGAUGAACCAGUGGCCGGGAGUGAAGCUGCGGGUGACCGAGGGCUGGGACGAGGACGGCCACCAUUCGGAGGAGUCACUGCACUACGAGGGUCGCGCUGUGGACAUCACCACGUCUGACCGUGACCGCAGCAAGUACGGCAUGCUGGCCCGCCUGGCUGUGGAAGCCGGCUUCGACUGGGUCUACUAUGAGUCCAAAGCCCACAUCCACUGCUCCGUGAAAGCAGAGAACUCGGUGGCGGCCAAAUCGGGCGGCUGCUUCCCCGGCUCCGCCACCGUGCACCUGGAACAGGGCGGCACGAAGCUGGUGAAAGACUUGCGACCUGGGGACCGCGUGCUGGCGGCCGACGACCAGGGCCGGCUGCUCUACAGCGACUUCCUCACCUUCCUGGACCGCGACGACAGCGCCAGGAAGGUCUUCUACGUGAUCGAGACGCUGGAGCCGCGCGAGCGGCUGCUGCUCACCGCCGCGCACCUGCUGUUUGUCGCGCCGCACAACGCCUCCGCCGCCGGCGAGCCCGAGCUGGCGCCGGGCGCGGGGCCGCCGCCGGGGGGCGCGCCGGGCCGCCGGGCGCUCUUCGCCAGCCGCGUGCGUCCUGGCCAGCGCGUGUACGUGGUGGCCGAGCGCGACGGGGACCGCCGACUGCUGCCAGCCGCCGUGCACAGCGUGACGCUCCGCGAGGAGGCCACGGGCGCCUACGCGCCGCUCACGGCGCAGGGCACCAUCCUCAUCAACCGGGUGCUGGCCUCGUGCUACGCGGUCAUUGAGGAGCACAGCUGGGCACACCGCGCCUUCGCGCCCUUCCGCCUGGCGCACGCGCUCCUGGCCGCGCUGGCGCCCGCGCGCACGGACCGCGGCGGGGACCCGGCCGCGCCAGGUGCGGCCGACGCGCCAGGUGCGCCGGGCCCCGCGGGCAUCCACUGGUACUCGCAGCUGCUCUACCAAAUCGGCACCUGGCUGUUGGACAGCGAGGCGCUGCACCCCCUGGGCAUGGCGAGCCAGUCCAGCUGA